UCCACUCUAUAAGCUUGGAAGGAAACGCAGUGGGCUGCAGUCUUGAGUAUCAUCUACUGAGAGGAGGGAUGCGAUCUCUCUCUUUUAGAUCUGGGUUUUAUGGAAAAUUCUUAUUGUAAUUAUUUUUUAAUACCAAGUUAGCGUUCUUAACUUCGUGUUUACACACACACAGAGAGAAAGAGACUCAGAGAUUCACGUUACACAGUGGGAAGUUCCUUACAGCAGCUUGCCUCCAGAAGAAUGAGGAAACACCAGCAGACCUCGCACUCCAGGUUUACUUCGCAGAUCGCAUCCCGUGUGUAACAUCUCUCCGAGUGAUCCGGACCCUGAACACAGCGGUUCGGCUCCCUUGAAGCUCAGGACUCUUCUCCCAGACCCAUGGCGGAUCCUGCAGUGAGCCCCAGCACGACAGUGAACGAAACGACGACUGAUGGACAGACGGAGCUCAGCAGCGAAACUCACCCCGAGUACGUAGCUUUCGGCUUGGUGCCCGUCUUCUUCCUCCUAGGCUUGCUGGGCGUGUUCAUCUGCCAUAUGCUGAAGAAGAAGGGCUAUCGCUGCACCACAGAUGCUGAAGAACCUGAUGAGCCUGAUGGCGAGGAGAAGAAACCUAUGGAGGAUGGAGAUAUGAAUGAGACCUACAGUGAGGGCAACAGCGACACCGUGGGCCAGAUCGUUCACUACAUCAUGUCUAACGAAGCUAACACAGAUGCCCUGAAGGCCAUGGUGUCUGAGAACAGCGUAGACUCUGAUGGCCCUCCUGUAACACCUACCACAUCUGUUCCUGUGACCCCUGUGAGCCCUGUGUCACCCGGACCUCCUGCCGCAGCAGCCAAACACACCUGUAGCCACCUUCACACCAUUGGAGGAGUGGCAGGGCACAACAACAUGUGUAACCGCUGUAAUCAGAAGAAAUGGCCCCUCAUGCGGCACGGCUCAAACAAAAAAGUGGAGCGGCGUGCCCAUGCUGGAGAGGUCACCGUGCUGGCAGUUGGAAGGUUCCGGGUAACUAAAACUGACCCACGGCCGGCCCGGGAAAGACGCAGCCUGCUGAUCACUGAGCCCAACGGCACUGUCCCUGCCACGCCGGUAAAGACCGAGGCAGCUCCAUUGAACAGCAUCACAGAUGCAGAGCCUGAGGCAGAGGCUGAUAAUAAGUGAUUGUGUGGGCGGAGCAAAAUCUGUUCAAGUAUAGCCAAGAGAAAAUUUUAAAUCUGUUUUAAACCCGACCACAGCACUGAGACAGCCAAGAGAGAGGAAGUAACUCCGAGGCCCUGUAGACGAGACGGAGGUGAAACAUGGUUAUAAAGCAACAAAAUGAAAUAGGCCUUUUAAUCUGAACUGCAGUAUUAGACUCCGCCCUCUUGUCGCUGGGGUUUGUUUGCGUAUCUGGGCCGGGAGGAGGAGGAAGAACACGCGCCAGUUUGUCAGUUAUUCCAUCAUCAUCAUGUCAUUCCUCCCUUUGCAAACACACUGCAUCAUUAACCGUGCACAGAGUCAUUUUGUACAUUUUAAAGGCUGUGAGCAGAUGAAUGGUUAAUCCACAGUCAAACAUGCGCUCCCAUUACACUGUAGACUCCAGAAGAGUCAUGUGGCCCAAGGUCAUGUGACUCAGUCGACUACUUCUAAGAAGUAGGGGCUUUUUUUUUUUUUAAGUGCACUCUUUUCAGUAGGAUCACUAUGGAGAAUCACGAAACCACCGUGGGUCCAAAUUUAACAAAGUUUGAAUACAUCACCCUGUAUGACCCUGUUCUACCUGUCCACUGUUUGUCAUUCGAUUUCUGUUGCUUUGCCAAACCCUUUGUGCCUUUAACCAGAUAAGCAUGAUGUUUCAAAUGUAACUUCAGCUCAUGUUUGCUAAAUUGUCAAUUUAUUAUUCUUAGUGUGGCAAAAACACUUUCAGUUUAUGAUGUCCAGGGUUUUAUAAUGUAAACUCUGGUAUAAAACACCGUGAUUAGUGCUCUGUACUUUGCCAAAUAUCUUCUUGAAGCCAUGUUCCACAGCAUAUAGUGAUGCAAAUAAACAAAAUCCUAGGAAGAAAUAUGGACAGAAAUUCUAGACAGUGAUAUGGGAAGCUUGUGUGUGAAAUAUAGUCACAAUUCGCUCGUCAUAAAAUCGCUUCAUUCAGUAGUGCUUUAGGAAAAUGUUGCACCAAAUCACCAAAACUACAGUUUAUUCACAUUUUGUGUGUCUGUCUGGUUACCUCAUAGAAUAAAAAGCAAUGUGUGUUACAAUCUAAUACAACUACAUAAUGAACACAAUAAUAUUAUACUAUUUGUCUACUCUCAUGUUGUUCAUGUUCUGUACAUAACCAGUAGGUAAAGUUUCAAGUAAAUGGCCUUACAUUAGCUGCUAUACUGUAGAAAGGCUUUCUGGGAUACUGGGGAUCUAGAAUUAAGUACAGUUUCGCCAAAAAUAUUGAAGAGAUAUUAUACUAAAUUGAGUCGUACUUGAGCUCUUGGUCGAUGAGACGCUAUAAGCCGUGUAUGAUGAGAUUUCGUGGAAUAGUUGUUUUAUUCAAUCCACAUUCACUGGAUUUUGGGAAAUGGAGCAUUUUUAUUUUUUGCAUAUUCAAUAAAUAAAAACUUUAUACAAAAUGUCCAACAAGAUAAUUUCUGCUAAAGUAGACUUCUUAAAAACCUAUCAGUGGCUGCAUGAAUUGACUUUAGUGUUUGUUUGUUUUUUAUUGUUAUAGAAAGUGCCGUCUUGGUGUCGUAGCGAGGUAUAGAACAGCUUUAGACAUUAAUUUAAUUCUUCCUUGGACAUUUCAGUUAUGUAAUUUUCAAACUUCUUUGAGUUUUUUUUUUUUUUUUUUAAGUAGUCUAAAAAAAAUUCAACAAAUUUUAAUGCUUAAAGAUGAUUCUAAACAAACUGGCAAACAGUAGCAAUUUGUGAAAAAUGCUCGAACAGUAAUUCUUGAAAAAUAAACGUGUUUUUACCAUCAAAUAGUUUUAUUCCUUUUUGGGGGGGGGGUUGUUUUUUUCGAGUAGAGUUUUUUUUUUUUUUUUUUUUUUUUUUUUUUUUUGGUCGGUUGGUUAAGCAAAAUACUCCGCCAUUUUGUUUUUCUCUACUCACAGUAUAUAAGCUGAUAGCCUAGUAGUAGAGUAGCCAAUCAGAGCGCACGAUUGCUCAUAUCCAGUGAAUGCGGAUAGAAUAAUAGCCAAUAUGUUUAUUAUACGAAUUGUAUGACAACAUUGAGAAGGGUAGGAUAAAAGUGGUGAAUGGUGUGUGAAUUUUUAAAUGCAAUUUUGUUGAAAUGUUACCCAAAAUAAUAACAGUAAUCAAAGUUUUGUGCUUUUGUAUAUCUACAGCAAACAUCUCAAUAUUUUUCUCACAAAUAAUCCAUGACCUGUAAUUAGUUACAAAGUUUUAUUUUGGCUGGGGGGGGGAAGGUGCCAUCUAAUUGCAUAUUGUUGUAAAGUGUAUUCCAGAUAUUCUAUACCAAACCUGGUGGUUGAGUCUCCGUUCAGGUAUUGCUUCUUCCAAAACCCCAAAACAUUCCUCAUAAAGAGCGAUGGAGUGACGACGGACUAUUUAAGCACUGCUGCAAAUGAUCUCCUGUUAGCCAGUCCCUGCUACCUCUCAUUCUUUUACUUCUUGAAGAAAUUCAAAUACGAAGUUGAACCAAAAAAUUUAACUUGUGUAUUUAAGAAUCUUUAAGAAAUUUUAAAGCAAAUGUGUCUAAAAAUGUCAUGGAAUGUUAGAAGUCUAAUAAACGUUUAGCAUUGUAUAAAAAAAAAGGCUGUGUUUUAGAACAACUAUUGUUUUAAUUGUUUUUGUAUCUACAGUUUGUAUCUACAUUAAAAUGCAUUAAAUUAUGA